UCUUAUUUCCAGAGUGAACAUUGACUGUAUUUGAGUGAAAAUUCACUGCGUCCAACUGAAAUUAGGGACGAGACGAUAUACCGUGAAUUUCCUUCAGUCGAAUAGAUCGCGUUUUCACUCGAAUUUCGACUUACUUCCAAUGAAUUAAAUUGACCUAUCGCGGUAGAAUCGCGUUAUUAAAAGCAGCUUGUGAAAUACUAUCCAAUUGUACGUGAUAAUACAAAACGUAUAACGUACACAAUUCCGUAGGGGUGCCUAGCUAUAAGGGGCGUGCGCGGCUAACUCGCUAAGCGAUAGGUCAAUGAGAUCAUUGAUUUGUUUGUACUCAAAAUCGUGUCUUGUCUCGGGCUUCAAUCUUUGGAAAUUAGUCAAGCCAAGAUGGCAGCGCUAGAUUCCAGCCAAACCGCCGCUAGUCAUGUACCUGUGCCCCAAGAUGAUGUCUGCAUAGGCGGGGUUUGGUGGCCGAGCUUUGUGUCUGAGCAGGCGCUGGAUGCCGUCAAAAACUUCGACGUCCGCGACGACGACGUGUGGAUUGCGACCUGGCCAAAAGCAGGAACGCACUGGGUUGCUGAAAUAUGUCACCUAAUUCUGAAUAAUGGGGACCUGGAAAAGGUUGAUCGGGCGCAGCAGCCGAUGCCGUUGGAGUUUGACGUGGACAAGGCCGAGAACAGAGUCCCCCGAUACAAGACGGCGCCAUCUUGGAAAUCACCUCGCGUGCUUGUCACUCACGUCCCGAAGAGAUUCCUUCCCGAUCAAGUACUUCAGGGCAAGGGAAAGGUUAUCAACGUCAUCCGGAAUCCCAAGGACUCCCUGGUAUCCUACUAUCAUUUUACCACAGGGAUGUUCCCGCAAAACAAACUGACAUUCGAAGAAGGCCUGGCGAGAUAUGCGUUUACGGAGAAAGUCCAAUUUUCGCCCUGGUUUGAUCAUGUGACCGAGUACUGGGCUGAGCGGCACAACAAGCAGUAUCUGAUUCUCAAGUACGAAGACAUGAAGGCGGACACUCGAGGAGCCGUCAUUCAGGUCGCCGACUUCCUUGGGCGCCUUCUGUCGGACGAGGUGAUCGACAAGAUCGUCGACAUGGUGACCGUGAAAAGCAUGAAGACGAGGUACAACGUCGCCGGAGAAGUGUCGGUACCCGGAACCGGAAAGGAAGGCAAAGUUGGUGCGCCGGCACUGAUGAGAAAAGGAACUCACUGGGUUGCCGAAAUAUGCCACCUUGUUCACCAUGACGGCAACUUGGAGGAGGUGGACCGGGCCCAGCAGCCAAUGCCGAUGGAAUUUGACACGGACCCGUCUGGGAGAGUUCCCCGCUUCAAGACGGCGCCAUCUUGGAAAUCGCCUCGUGUUCUUGUUACUCACGUCCCAAAGAGAUUCCUUCCCAAUCAACUGCUGGAAGGAAAGGGAAAGGUGAUCGUUGUCAUUCGGAAUCUGAAGGACACGCUCGUUUCAAAUUUCUACUUUACGAAAGGAAUGUUUCCAGGUAGACCGGAAACUUUCGAGGACAGUCUGCAAGAAAAUCUGUUCUCGGAAAACGUUUCGUUCUCGCCAUGGUUUGAUCACGUUGCCGAGUACCUGACUGAGCGGCACAACAAGCAGUAUCUGUUUCUGAAAUAUGAAGACAUGAAGGCGGACACUCGCGGAGCUGUCAUUCAGGUUGCUGACUUCCUAGGGCGCCCUCUGUCGGACGAUGUGAUCGACAAGAUCGUCGGCUUAGUGACCGUGAAGAGCAUGAAGACGAGGUAUAAUGUCUCCGGAGAAGGCUUCAAGGCACCAGGAUCCGGAAAGGAAGGCAAAGUCGGUGCGCCCAACCUGAUGAGAAAAGGGGUUGUUGGCGAUUGGAAGACUACGUUUACUGUAGCUCAGAACGAGGCUUUUGACGAGCUGUACCGACGGAAGAUGACGGACUUGGGUCUGAAACUGCAGUUCAAGUAAAAGAUAAACCUAGAAGCUGCUGUCACAUUGCCCACUUCAAAAGUGCCUUUUAAAGCACUCCGUUCAAGAACUCAGAACUGUAAUAUUUAAUAGCCCGCCUCACAUGCUACCGCUUUCGAUUUACGAGUAUGAGUAUUUGUGUUGUUUCAAUGCAGGUAGAUCGUGAAGGUGUCGAACAAGUCGUACUUAAGUUUGAAACAUUUUGCACAAAUUUACUGCAGCCAUGCUGUGUUACGAAAAAAUAAGGGUAUACCAGCUAAACACAACCUGGUAAUCCGCGGAUUGACCUGUAUUGUCGAAGGUCUAUUAUGGAUUGCGUCGUUUUACCAUCGUGAUUCGGAUUGGAACAAUUUGUCGUCAUCGUUUGCUUUUAACCCAGCCAUAUAAAUAUAAUAACAGUGACUCUCUGUGAUGCCGUUAAUGUUCUCAAACUGUAUCUGACGGUUUAAAAUGUUGUCGUUCAAGUGUUAUUCAUAACAUAUAUUUCAUAUCAAUAGGGUGUGAUAAAAUUCAAUGUGACAAUAAAAUCAUCCCCAUUUCGUAGAAAUUGUGAUUGAGAAGUACCCCACUUUAAGUCAAAUUAUGGCCAAAAAUUUAAAUUGAACCAGUAGUAUUGUA